AUGAAAUCCUGUGUGCAUAAAACAUUCCCAGCUCAAGCAACGCCUCGCACCAACAAAAUGAUCAUGAUGCAAGGGGAACCAGCCUUGUCACUCUUAUUGCUUCAAUUCUUUCAACUACUUUUACUUUUCUCAUGCGUAGCAUUGAACAGUAAUGCAGAAGCAUCAACCUCAGGCAUCAAUGUGUGGCCCAAACCAAGGAACCUCACAUGGUCCCCACCAUUCCAAACCACCCUCCUCUCUUCUUCUUUCACCAUUAUCACCACCAACCACCACAACAAACACCUCUCGGCCGCCAUCUGUCGCUACCAGAGCCUCAUCAAGUCAGAGCACCACCACCCUCUCGUCCCUCUGGGAGUCAACAUCUCCAAGGACCUCCCACCACUGCAGUUUCUGAGUAUCAGAGUGGUGGACCCUCAUGGAGGACUCGUUAAUGGCGUGGACGAGUCCUACACUCUCUCCAUCCUCCCUUCCCAUGCCACCCUCACUGCGGAUACCGCAUGGGGUGCCAUGCGAGGCCUGGAGACCUUCUCGCAGCUCGCAUGGGGUAACCCUACACGGGUUCCCGUGGGGGUGUACGCGUGGGAUUCUCCACUUUAUGUCCACCGCGGACUCAUGGUGGAUACUGCAAGGAACUACUACCCCGUGAAGGACUUGUUGAGGACAGUGGAAGCCAUGAGCAUGAACAAGCUCAACGUGCUCCACUUGCAUCUCACGGACGCAGAGUCUUUCCCUUUGGUUCUGCCUUCAGACCCUACCUUGGCUGAAAAGGGAGCUUAUGCACCUCACAUGGUGUACUCACCCGAGGAUGUGAAAACACUAGUAGAAUUUGGUCUUGAUCAUGGGGUUCGUGUAAUUCCUGAGAUUGACACACCUGGGCACACAGCAUCUUGGGCAUUAGCCCACCCUGACAUUGUAACUUGUGCCAACAUGUUCUGGUGGCCAGCUGGCAGUGAUUGGCCUGACAGGCUUGCUUCACAACCAGGAACAGGACAUUUGAACCCCUUAAACUCCAAGACUUACAAAGUCCUAAAGAAUGUCAUACAUGACAUAACCACAUUGUUCCCAGAACCAUUCUUCCACUCAGGUGCCGAUGAGAUAGUACCAGGUUGCUGGAAAACUGACUCCACAAUUCAGAAACAUCUAUCAAAUGGUGGAACCCUCAACCAAGUUCUUGAGAAGUAUAUCAACAGUACUCUCCCUUUCAUUGUAUCCCUCAACCGCACUGUUAUCUAUUGGGAAGAUGUUUUACUAGAUGACACAGUCCAUGUGCAAUCCAAAUUCUUACCAAAGGAACAUGUGAUUUUGCAGACAUGGCAAAAUGGACAUAGUCACACUAAGAGGAUAGUUUCUGCAGGAUACCGAACCAUUGUGUCAUCAGCAGAAUUCUAUUAUCUGGAUUGUGGACAUGGCACCUACGUUGGAAACAACAGUGCUUAUGACAACCAAGAUGGAGACACAGGCAAUGGUGGCUCUUGGUGUGCACCCUUUAAGACAUGGCAAACCAUAUACAACUAUGACAUAACAUAUGGGCUGAGUGAGGAAGAAUCAAAAUUGGUUUUGGGUGGGGAGGUGGCUCUGUGGUCAGAACAAGCUGAUGCAACUGUUUUGGAUGCAAGAGUUUGGCCAAGAGCUUCUGCAUUGGCAGAGUCACUGUGGUCAGGAAAUAGGGAUGAAAAGGGUGUGAAGCGAUAUGCAGAUGCUACAGAUAGACUGAAUGAAUGGAGAAGCAGAAUGGUAAGCAGAGGAAUAGGGGCUGAGCCCAUUCAGCCACUUUGGUGUGUUAAGAACCCUGGCAUGUGUAAUACACAGCAUCCAGUCUAG